GACCCUUUCAGUCUUUGAUCCGUAGUUGCUUCGUUCGUGUCGUCGUCUUGUGCCGAGCGUAUUCCUCAUUCGCAGUCGAAUAAUCACGCACGGUGUCUUCUUCGCGAUCAGCCAGGAAUUAAAGAUCUCCUGCUUUGACAUUGUGUCCGAUUGCCGGACAAGAUCAGCGUAAACCUUUUCGAUGACCUGGUAUUGCACACAAAUCACAUGCCGUCGGAAUUGUAAGAGUUGACACAAGUUCAGUUGGAGGCGUUCUCUGUACUCAUGGGACAUUCGUGUCGUUGCGAGUCUACAGUCGGCGAUUCUUCCGCAAAAGUCGACAACUGAAAGCACUUUGGAGCUCUCCGAGGAUCAACAUCACGGUCGAGAUAACGUGAAACUUUGGCAACGGGAAAUAACGGGACGCAACUUAACGCGCGAAUCGCAAAACAACUGGACGAUCGACCUGGCGGAAAGUCGAAACAACGCCGCGGAAGUUCUUUUCUCCGUCCGUUUUCGCUUAAAGCCCGGGGAUUUUCAGGACUGGUUUCAGCUCCACACUCUCCGCGCAGGAUUUGUGUGUGCGGUUCUCGGCCCGCUGACCCAAUUAGUUUUCGAGCACCGACGGUGCUCAUAGCUAAGAGAAUACUCGCGCGCCCACACAGAGAGAGUGCAGCUGAUCGCAGUCUUCUGAAACGCGCAGAUUGAAUUCUCCGACGUGAGCUUUGCGUGCCGAACGUGUUCCCUUUGACGUGUGUCGGAAUUCGUUGUGCGCGCGACUCCAUCAGGCUGAAAGCCACGCUCGCGCGAUAUCAUUCGGCGCUACAACAGUUCCGAAGAGGGCACGCGCCGCGUCACUUUUACGGGGAUUCAAUAAUUCUCGUCCAAGUGACUGAGUGAUGAAAUUACGCAGCCGAUCGAGUUAGUGGUGCUUUUUUUUUUCUUGGUGGAGUGUCGUGAGUUUUGGAGUACCACGGUGUAGCUCUCUGUAUAUUGGUGAAUGAAACAUUGAGUAUAAGACACACCGCUCCCGUUCGUGAUUCGGAGCACGUUCGAGAGCGUUGGCAGAAAUCGCACGAGGAGAAACGCCAAGUUCGGGCCACGCUGAAUCGCCGUGUCGAACAUCGCUCGCGGGCGGAAGUUGAACUUUCUCGCUGGCGUUGACAGAUCGAUAACAAAGUUUGCGUACGCGAGUUUCUCCCCCUGUCGUCGUGCCCGCCGGCCGCACGAGCGAGUAGCACGGAGUCUGCACAGCACCCUUCGUGCACACACACAUAUAUACACAUUUUCUCUCGUUCUCUUUCUUUCUCUUUCUCUUUCUUCGAUCUCCUGUGCGCGGACGUGGAAUGUGUUUAACAUUAAACGACUCCUGCGCGUCCUGAGUCCCCGCGGAGCCAAGCCCGCCAAGCGUUCACCCGUGAACGUCCAGGAUCAAUGAACUCGCAAACGUGACUGUAGCGACUGUUCGCUCAACGCGUCACCUCGAAGGACGACAACACACCACGUACGACGGUGCGUGCUAUAUCUUUUGACGCGACACGCGAUCGUAGAAACGAUCCUAUCGAAGGAAACGAGGAGGAAACUGCGAGAGAACUGCCUUGUCGCGGAACUUGGAUGCCGAACCUGUGCCGCUCGGCGGAAAUCUGACACCCCGACGAUCCAACCGUCGUGACAGCCUGUCAUUCUCCUUACCGACCAAGGAGUAUUUCGUCAAGUAUCGCCGGAAAGAGGAAAAGCGACGCGAGAACGCGGCACAAGGCGAACCAAGUGGCAGGGGUUCCUCCUGCCCUAGGCUCGCCCUCGAGGGUGCUAAUAAGUGCGCAACAGUGAAGGGCAACGGUGGAUUCGGCGAUUACUCGGCGGCCGGUGAAUUCGAAGUCUGGGGCGACGAGCAUCACACCACGGAUGGUGGUGCUUUAGACCGUCAGGUGGCAAGACCGCCUUCGCGGCAGCAACGAUGCGAAGGCGGUUCUUCCCUGAGACCGUUGCUCCACGUAGCUCAUUGUGAGCUGCACUCGCCGCGGGAAGCAGAGCUCCUGCGUCUCGAUCAUCUCGAGGGCCUCGAUCACAAGUCCGUCGAGCACAACGCGUACUCGAUGAUGGAUAAUUUUCACAGCCCGGUACCGCCGCCGUUACCACGACGUCACGUUCGGCUUCCGCCACCGCAACAGCAAGUGACAGUGGGUUCUCUGGGCGGCGGUUUAAGUGGUGCCGGGAAUGGCGGUACCGCCACGGUAGGCGCGCAGAGCCAGGCCAUGGUGAUGCCGGGUUUUCCGCUUCGCGCCGCAGCGGUGCCGCACUACUCCCCGUAUUCGCCGUCGCGCUUUCAUAUCGAUAAACGUUGUCAGCACAGAUGCUCCUGGAAAUGUUUCUCGAUCGCGAUGAUUCUCCUGGCUGUAGCGCUAACGGCUAUGUUAGCGUACUUCGCUGCAGUGAGUUCUAUGCGCCAGGUAGACAGUACUAACUGCAUUCUGGUUCAAGAUAUCAAGACUGUCACUCAUGAAAACGCACACAUUCACGACUCGAUAUCCACGCAGAUACCCACAGAAGAAUCACUGCCAACAAGCACAGCGGAGCAUUCGAGCGCCGCCGAUAGCGCCGGUGAUCAGCAAAGCGACCCGCAGAUUCAGCAAUCGGCGCAACAAUGGCCGGCCGUUCUCGAGUUGCAGGCCUACAACGUCGCGCAUUCCGCUGUCAUUCAACCGUACCACUUUUGGAACACCGAGUUUCGUAACAAGCAACCGGCAUUCAUUAGGCUGAACCUGACCCUGCCGUGGGGCGCAAACUUUGCCGUGUACGGCAGGCGGAACGUCGCGCCCAGCGUCACGCAGUACGACUUCGUGGAGUUCGUUAAGGGCGGCAGGGUGGUGCACAGACUAAAGAGAGACGUCACGGCGGAGGCUGUGAGUUUUAUGAAGUCCAGCAAUUUACAGGACGUUUAUACGGGAAAUAUGGCGCAGCCGGCCACCUAUCAACACGUGCUCGUCAAGAGAGACAUCGUGGAACCGCUGAUGGUCAACGUCAGUCUGUUGCAAUAUUUCGACACCGGUGACUGGUUUUUGUCCGUAUAUAACGACGAGCUGCAGCCUUACAAGGUUACAUUGGUCGUGACGGAAGCCGAGGGAGUUUCCACAACGUGUCCAAACGAUUGUUCCGGUCGUGGAUCGUGCUACAUUGGCAAAUGCGACUGUAUAGACGGAUAUCAGGGUGCUGAUUGCAGCAAAAGCGUGUGCCCGGUUUUGUGUUCCUCUCACGGACAAUACGGCGGCGGUAUGUGUCAUUGCGAGGAGGGCUGGAAAGGCGCCGAAUGUGACAUACCGUUAGGUGAUUGCCAAGUUCCUGAUUGCAAUCAGCACGGUCAGUGCGUGAGAGGAUCGUGCGUCUGUAAUCCGGGUUGGAAGGGCAUUUUCUGCGACGAACCCGACUGUCCCGAUCCGAACUGUAGCGGUCAUGGCGCCUGUGUCUCUGGCAAAUGCUAUUGCAAGGCCGGCUGGCAAGGCGAGAGGUGUAAUCAGGUCGACCAGCAGGUGUACCAGUGUCUGCCAGGCUGUUCCGAUCACGGCACGUACGACCUCGAAUCCGCGGCCUGUGUUUGCGAGGAGCACUGGACCGGGGUCGAUUGCUCGCAACCAAGCUGCGGUCUGGACUGCGGGCUUCAUGGAUCCUGCGAGCAGGGUCGCUGCAAAUGUCACGACGAUUGGACCGGAACGAAAUGCGAUCAAAAACCGUGCGAUCCGCGUUGUGCCGAGCAUGGUCAGUGCAAGAACGGAACCUGCGUGUGCAGUCAAGGAUGGAACGGAAGACAUUGCACAUUACCCGGAUGUGAAAAUGGAUGCAGUCGCCACGGUCUCUGCGCAUUACAGGACGGCGAAUACAGCUGCGAAUGCUCGACCGGAUGGGCUGGUAGAGAUUGCAGCAUACGACUCGAAUUAGAAUGUAAUGAUUACGUUGACAAUGACGAAGAUGGCAUGUUGGACUGUUCUGAUAGCGAGUGCUGCUCGCACGACGCUUGUUCAGAGCACAUCAUGUGCCUCGCUAGUAAUAAUCCCGUGGACGUUCUUCUCCGAAAACAACCGCCCAGCGUUACGGCGUCCUUCUAUCAGCGAGUCAAGUUCCUCGUUGAGGAGAACAGCGUACAGAGUUACGCUCACAUGGAUGAGUACACGGAAAGUACGUUCUGGAGUUCCUUUACACCGCGUCGAGUUGCGGUGAUGCGAGGCCAGGUUGUUACCGAACAAGGACUCGGAAUAGUAGGCAUCAGAGUAUCUGUGGACAGAGAUUCGCGCUUUGGAUUCACCUUGACCAGAGCCGACGGAUGGUUCGACGUCCUGGUCAAUGGCGGAGGCGCCGUGACGCUUCAAUUCCAGCGCAGUCCCUUCAAACCGCUCACGAGAACCGUCUUCGUACCAUGGAAUCAGAUCGUCGUUCUGCCGCCUGUUAUAAUGAUCCUCAGCAAGGAGGGCGAGUCUUAUAAAUCUAACCAGCCACCAAGCCCGGCAGUCGGCUUCCCAGGGAUUUCGAUGGGGCUCUUUAGUGAGCACGGUCCGUGCUUGGAACACGAUCACGAGACUCUACGACCCAUCAUUGUGAGCACAUGGAUGCCGGAGAAGGUUGGCGGUUUACCCGGAAAAAGUUUGGUCUUCGCUGAGAGUCAGAUUGUGCAGGAAAGCAUCGCUAUUCCGGGCUCGAAUCUUCACUUGAUGUAUCAAAGCAGCCAGGCUGCGGGCUACCUUUCUACUGUGAGAAUGCAACUGACUGGAUCGUUCAUUCCGAAAUCGCUGACGCACGUGCACGUGCAUGUGGAGAUCGAAGGCUCGCUUCACACGAAAACGUAUGAAGCUGAUCCGAAUCUGACGCAUACGUUCGCCUGGAACAAGCGAAAUGUUUACAAGCAGAAGGUGUACGGUGUGGCGCAAGCGAGAAUCUCGAUCGGUUACCAGCAUUCCACUUGUCCGUCCGUGAUUUGGGAGACGCAGACGGCUACUUUGCAGGGUUUCGACGUUGACAUUUCCGAUAUAGGCGGUUGGGGACUCGACAUCCAUCACCAUUAUAACUUUCACGAGGGAAUCCUGCAGAAAGGCGACGGUUCCACUCUGCACUUCAAGCAAUAUCCGCGCACAGUGAAAGUGGUGAUGGGCACUGGCAUGCGAAGGAGCUUGGUGUGUCAGAACUGUGACGGUCUCGCCAAGGACGCUAAACUCCUGACGCCAGUGGCCCUCGCCAGCGGACCCGACGGCAGCAUAUACGUCGGAGAUUUCAAUCUGGUUCGCAGAAUCACGCCCGAAGGAAAAGUUUACACCGUUCUGAUUCUGAGCGCGACUCAAGUGUCGUAUCAGUAUUAUCUGUGCAUCUCUCCGGCUGACGGGCACUUGUACAUUAGCGAUCCGGAGAAGCAUCAAAUAUUGAAGGCUCUCACGUUGGACGAUGUUCACGAUCCUAGUAUCAAUAUCGAGGCCGUUGUCGGGAGCGGCGAAAGAUGUAUUCCAGGUGACGAGGGACACUGCGGCGACGAAGGUCCGGCCAUCAAUGCGAAACUGGCUCAUCCUAAAGGAAUCGCCAUUGCGGCCGACAAAACGAUGUACAUUGCCGAUGGCACUAAUAUUCGCGCCGUCGAUCCUCGAGGUAUCAUACAUACUCUCGUAGGACAUCAUGGUCAUCACAAUCACUGGUCACCUGCACCUUGCAUCGGAGCCAUUCCCGCACACCAAGCUCAGUUACAAUGGCCGACGGGACUGACUUUAAGUCCAUUGGACGGAUCUCUUCACUUUAUUGACGACAGACUCGUUUUGAAGCUCACCAGCGAUCUGAAAGUGCGCGUAGUUGCUGGCACACCUCUUCACUGUACCAGCAGCGCGAACAGCAAUAGCAAUGCUAACGGAGAAUUGCUGAAACUGAACUCGUCGGUGCCGACGAACUCGAAGAAAUCGGACGAAGUGUUGGGAUCGGUGUUGGCCGUCAGUUUUAGUCCAACCGGCGAAUUAUACAUCGCGGAUCGCGAUUCUCAUCGAGUCAAUUCUAUCAGAGUCGUUGAUUCCUCCGGGAAAAUGUCGCACUUUGCUGGUCAGCAGCAAGAGAGACUGCGCGGCCAAUGCGAAUGCAAUAACACCACACCUAGCACCAAGGAUAUGGAUGCAUGCACCUGUACAGACGAUACUAGCAGUACUGAGACGCUACUGUCGUCAAAUGCCAAGUUCACUACCAUAUCCGCUCUAGCGGUUUCGCCAGACGGUGUUCUACAUGUAGCUGAUCAGGGUAGUCUUCACAUUCUAGCACUUCAACCUUAUCUUCCGAACCACGAUGAGAACGGGGAGUUCCGUAUUCCAUUCCCGCCUUCGAACGAGAUCUACGUGUUCAAUCGUUACGGGCAACACAUAUCCACGAAAGACUUGACGUCCGGAAAACCUCUUUAUUCUUUCUUGUACAGCAAGAAUACGAGCUUCGGCAAAUUGUCCACGGUGACGGACAGCGCGGGUAACAAAAUCCAGUUCUUACGAGAUUACAGCAGCGUGGUCAGCUCCAUCGAGAACACUCAGGAUCACAAGUCCGAGCUGAAAAUCUCAGCUGUCGGAUUUCUGGAGAAGUUGUCCGAACGCGGUAGAGCAGAAAUUGCUUUGAGCUACGAUGGUUCCACUGGUUUACUCACCAGUCGAUCAGGAGGAGACGAAACAUAUAUAUAUAAUUACGAUAAUUUGGGACGUGUCACCGAUGUAAUAUUGCCAACAGGAGAAAAGUUGAAGUUAUCAUCAGACUUGUCUGACGACGAAGGUUUGUCAGUUAAGGUGUCGGCUCCGCUUCAAGCCUUAUCGAAAGGAGAUAAACAGCGAAUCGUGGAGUAUAAGAUGAAGAAUGAAAAGUCAAAAAUGCUGACUAUCACUGAUGGCACUAAACUUCUGAAAGCGAUCGCGUUUACAAACAGUAGUCUGGAAGUAUUUCUACCUGGAGGCGGCAGACUACUGAGCGCGGCUACAACAAAGCACCCACUGCUCGAAGCGUCUUUGCCAGUGGAAGCGGAGAUGCUGCCUAUGUGGAGUUAUCAAUUGAUGUCUCUCGGUGAACUAACAAACACUAUGACAACGACGUACAAUCUGAUCGGAGAUGUUAGUCAACGUCAGGAAACGCUCAACCGAGGGAUUUGGGUGAAUGAUACACGAGUGAUAAGCGUCGAAUUUGAACAGGCAUUCAGUCGUGAGACAUUCUAUGACAAAGCGGAUACUCCUCUGCUAACGGUGACCUUUGAUCUAAAUGGCCAGCCUUUAGUCUGGCAACCGCACGAACAUGGUCACAACCUCAGCAUCACUUACGAUCGAUACAACAGGAUCGUGAGUUGGAAAUGGGGCGCUUCCGACGAGCUAUACGGUUACGAUCGACACGGACAACUAGCAGAAAUUACCAGCAAGGAUGGCACGAAACAGUAUACCUACAACGAUUUCAAUAUGCUGUCGAAGAUUACGCUCGCCAGCAAGAGGGAAUUUUCGCUGCAGUACGACGAUGACGGCGGAUUACGACACAUUAUUCUACCGUCACAAACCAAACAUUCCUUCUCUUGUCAGGCUUCUCUCGGUUUUCUCAGGGUGACAUAUACACCACCAGGCAGUACAAGAGCUUACCUGCAGCAUUACAGUCACGAUCGAAAUUUGCUGCAGACCGUGUUUCCAGGAGACGGAGCUCGCAUCGUCUACAGAUAUCACACAUCGGGCCAGCUUGCGGAAAUCGUUCACGGCGACGGUAAAAGCGAGAUUAGAUACACCGAGAGCGGACUGCCAUCCGAGGUGAUACAUUCCGAGAGAGAUGUAGAAUACAAAUGGGAUUAUCAAUACAGCGCGGGACUCUUGGUGGAGGAGCGCAUUGAUUUUGGCGCUAAAACUGGCCUGAGCAACGCCAAGUUCACUUUCGAAUACGAUUCGAACCUUCGAUUAAUCGCCGUGCAAGGUAGAAUAGGCGGACAGACGCUGCCACCACAUACUAUGGCUUACAGUCCGAGAUCGGGCAUGCUGGAGCAAAUUGGGCAGUUUAAAGUGACAAGACCACAGCUGAACGAGACAACCGUGUUCGACGGCACUGCGCUAUUCUCGCGCACCACGGACGACAGAUUUUUAGAAACUCAAGUCACGGUAACGAUCCAUCGAAUGCAAGUGUUCAGGAUGGAAUUUACGCACGAUUCGCGCGGACGCAUCAAUCAAACAAGAACGUACACGCGCAAUGUCGCUGUCAAUACGUACACUAAUGUAAAGAACUACACAUGGGACUGCGAUGGUCAACUGACCGGUGUAGAAGCGCAGGAACCUUGGGGUUUCAAGUAUGACGACAAUGGCAACAUGCUGUCGCUCACGUAUCGAGGUAACACGAUUCCAAUGGAGUACAACAGUAUGGACCGAAUAGUCAAGUUCGGCGAGGGAUUAUACAAGUACGACAAUAGAGGUCUGGUGGUGCAGAACGCAAGAGAAGAGAGAUUCAAUUACAACGCCAAGGGUCUUCUCGUGCGUGCUACCAAACGUGGCCGCUUUGACGUGCGUUACUAUUACGAUCAUCUAGAUCGCCUGGCUACAAGGAAGGACAAUUACGGCAACGUUACGCAAUUUUUCUACAACAAUCAGAAACGUCCGCACGAAGUGAGUCAGAUAUACAGUCCGCGCGACGGCAAACUGAUGUCGCUCGUGUACGAUGACAGAGGACAUCUUAUAUACGCACAAGUGUAUCGGCACAAAUAUUACAUCGCUACCGAUCAAUGCGGCACGCCUAUCAUGAUCUUCAAUCAAUACGGAGAAGGCAUUAGGGAAAUUAUGCGAUCGCCUUAUGGCCAUAUCGUUUACGACUCUAAUCCAUAUCUUUAUUUACCGGUUGAUUUCUGCGGCGGACUUCUUGAUCAGGUCACAUCACUAGUUCACAUGCCAAACGGUAAGGUAUAUGAUCCACUGAUAGGUCAGUGGAUGUCGCCGCUCUGGGAGAACGUCCUGGAUCGUAUAGACAAGCCGACGCAUUUACAUCUAUAUAGAUUUAAUGGAAACGACCCGAUCGAUGUCAGGCACACGGAUAAACCAAAUCAACCAACUGAUCACAUAUCAUGGCUAUCGCAUCUCGGGUACGAUCUGAAGAGCUUGGCGCCGCAGCUGUUUCCGGACGAAUUACCAGAAAGUCUCGUGCCGCGAGCUCUCGGUCCGGGUACUUCGAUAUUCGGUAAGAAGAAGAAAGCACGCAAUCUCGGCGUUCAGUCCGGUUUUCUUGCGUACAUCGCCCAACGGCACUCUGGCGAUGCAAUGAGUUUGUCCGCGCCACUAAGGUCAGCUCUGAAAAAGGAUACCAGCGAGCUGAUACCUAAUCGUCUGGGCGCGGCAUCCGAUCCUCCAUUUGGCAAAGGUAUUCUGGUGUCGAGGACUGUUGACGGUCAGGCGGUAGUGUCCAGCGUGCCGAGUGCAAACGCAAUCUAUGGAGAUGUUUUUACGUCCGUGUUUAAUCGCUCUUACUUCCUGCCGUUUACAUUCGUCGUGCACAGCGCGCAGCAGGACGCCUUCUACUUCGUCAAGGAGGAGACGUGGCGAGCGACCGAAGAUCGCGGCCAGCUGAAGCGGCUGGGCGGCCAAGUGAACACGACAUACCACGAGAACAAGAACGGCAGCGGCAACGGUUCGUUACUCGAUGUGAAGAUACAUGGUGCGAGCUAUGUGGUAAAUCUGCGCUACGGCACUACAGCGGAGAAGGAAAAACAGCGACUUUUGCAUCACGCAAAAGCGACCGCGAUCAGAAAGGCUUGGCAUCGGGAACAUGAGGCGCUCAGGGCGAACACUCCAACAUCAAUUGAAUGGAUGGCUGCUGAGCAGGAUGAGAUACUGAAGGAAGGUUUCGUAUCAAACUACGAGGGCGAAUACAUACACGAUGCGCAACAGUAUCCCGAGCUCGCGGAGGAUCCCUACAACAUCAGAUUCGUGAAAAAGGCCGUCGAUCAGUCGAGCAAGAAGCGACGCAGGAGGAGAGGCGCGCCGUCCUGUAAGCUCUGGUGGUUAGACAAGAUGUGCUAGAGCAACACCGAGGAACCAGUCACGUCAGUAUCGUCCACUUUGCGCAAGGACAUUGUUCAGUAUCGUAACUUUUCGAGCGACGCCAGAAAGAAAGAGAAAAGAAAGAAGAAGAUGAAAAAGGAAGAAUGAGUGAAAGAAGAAUAAAAAUUGAGCCGCUGUAGCGCAGCGUCCGUAUAUGCGCGCCGCAUAUAUAUGUAUGUAUAUAUAUUAUAUAUACAUAUAUAUAAUAAAUCCG